GAAGUGGAAAUGGAAAAGUGUGAAGUCAUCUUUAAAUCUUGUCUUUAAAUCUCCUCCUUGUCGCAGAAGAUUUAAGGGAACUCACCCACGAGCGAGAAAACCAAAAGACCAAAAGAAAGCGAGAAACUUAAAAACGCAAAGCACGAACACCGGGUGUCUUUCUUCUUUCCAAUCAAGUGCCACAACACAGAGAAUCUAUCUUCUUGCUUUGCAUCUCGUUGUUGUCUUUGUUGUGAGUGAAUGGAAGAGACUGCAUCUGUUGUUCGUAGUCGAAGAGACCAACCACAGCAGCAAGUAGUGUCGUCGAAAGAAGAAGCAUUCUCGCAACACCGCUAUUACGGCAGCAUGUCGAGUAGCCACAACCUGGAGAGCAGCGAUCAAGCUCCUAAUAUCGAUACCAUUACCAUCAGUGAAGGACAGAGCGACGCACUGCAGCCAGAGACUACGGAACAACCAUCAGAAGACGACAUAAUGAGAAAGAAACGAAGUUCUUCGUUUUCCAAAUCCAUCCCGGCUUGUACGUCUCGUUCGGGACGAACCAUGGAUGAGUUUUUGGAAGAUGCCUACAACGACAAAUCGGACUCUUCUUCUUGGUGUUCUGUUGUAUUCCAUCAAUACCAGUACUGGCUCAUUAUGCUUGCUUUGGGAAUCAGCAACAGCAGUGAUGCGUCCGAGAUUCUCUGCUUGUCCUACAUUUUGUCGGAUCCAACCUUUGAAGACAAGAUGCUCUUGGACUCGAAUUGGAGAGGUGGCAUGUUGGCCGCUGCCGUCUUUUUGGGCAUGCUCAUGGGUGGACUCAUUGUGGGAACCUUGGGAGAUUUUCUAGGACGCCGACCCAUGCUCAUGUUGGGAUUGAACAUUAACAUGAUUGCCGGCAUUUUAUCCGCCUGUUCUCCCAAUGUAUUUGUCUUGACGGGACUACGCAUGAUUGCAGGAGUGGGAAUUGGAGCUACCGUUCCACCGCUCUUUACUCUGGUGGCCGAACUGGCACCACCGUCCAAGAGAGGUUUUUGUGUCACUUUUUGUGCCGCCUUUUGGAUGGUCGGAUCCAUUUAUGUCGCCUUGGUCGCCAUUCUCUUUUUGAAAAAUAGUGAAGAAAACUACAACAGCAACAACAACAAUACUCUUGCGACCACUGCCAGUGAUGGUGGGAACGAUGCAGACAAUAAUGAAGCGACAAGAUACCUUGUCUCACAAGCAGCCACGUCAUUAUUUCACCUGGCGGCGUGGAGAGUCUUUGCAAUGGCCUGUGCCGUUCCCAGCGCCCUUGGAGCUGUCAUGGUCCACUUUUUGGUGCCCGAAAGUCCUCGUUUUCUAGCGUUGCAAAAGCGGUUCGACGAGGCAGUAGAGUCGGUCAAUGCUUUGGGAUCUUCGCUACAGUAUCAGGGGCCAACCCUACAUCGCUGGGAGCUUGAAGAGCAAUUUGGUGGAGCCUGCAACUCAACGGCCAAUUAUCAUCCGGCAUUGGAGGACGAUAUCGUCACGGAACAACAUGGAUCAACUCGCUUUUCUUGCUCCAAGACAUUGCGAUGGAUUCGACUUGCACUGGCUGACUUUGUCAUGUCAGCCAAGAAAUUGUAUACUCCCAGCCUCCGACAAACCACGUGGCCCUUGCAAAUGGCAUGGUUCAGUCUGAGCUUUGGAAGUUAUGGUCUCAUGACGUGGAUCAAUACACUCUUCUUUGCCGUGCAUUUGCAGGACGUGUAUUUUAAUGCACUCUUGUUUGCACUUUCCAAUCUACCGGGCAAUAUCUUUACGGCAUUUCUCAUGGACCGGGCAGGACGAGCACAUUUGCUGGUCGGCAGUAUCCUCAGUGCCUCUCUGUCACUCUUGUCCUUUGCUGCCUUUGCCAACACAUCGGGCAACAGUCCUCCAAACGCCUAUGGAGUUGUCUGUAGCGCCUGCAGCUUUCAAUGCUUUACCAUUGCAGCUUGGAACACAAUCGAUGUCAUGACAAGUGAGCUGUUCCCGACUACCGUCCGGAGCACUGGAAUGGGUGUCUGCGCUGCGUCGGGCCGUAUUGGAGCCAUGUUGGCACAAUUUGUCAAUGGUGCCUUGGUGGGCAGACCAGUCAGAUUGCUGGUGGUGGCUGCAACGACAUUGGCAUUGGGCGCCUGCACGCCCUUUCUGUUGCCGGAUCAUGGAGACAUGACCGGACAACCCGUGGCAGACGACGUUAGUAGCAACAAGACGUCAGUGAAUAGCAGUGAUUCCGAGAGGGCUAGCAUGCUGGGGGAAGGAACAGAUCUCAGCAAUGACGACGACAACACUACUGGUGGCAUUCCCGAACCAGCACCCUCCAGUAUGGGGCUUUCCCGCCGAGGAGGAAAUCAAAACAGCAACAACCUUGGAUCCUACCAACGGGUUGCUUCCGGUGGCUCGAGUGAAACACCCAACAUUGUUUGAGUUCACUUUCUUGAUGACUUGUCCAGCACUAACGGUGAAGGAGAGGGACCAAAGAGCAGUUUUGAAAGUGCAAUCCUCACAGCCAACCAGCAGGUACACAACUACAAAAUGAUAAGUUGGUGACAAGUGCAUUCAGAUGCACACUGGAGAAACUCUUGUUUAGGAUAACCUCUGCAUUGCGUGAAUGAUAUUAGCAUCCUGCGACUGCCGCAAACUCGGGAGGUCGUUCCCAACUCAUGCGAGCUAGCAUUAGUUUCGAUAUUACAUACUUUUCUUUGCUCAACAAUUCUAGCUAGGAAAUUGAUUGCUGCUAUCAUAGUAAUUUGUUUUAGAGCUCUUGGACCUCUACAUUGUUGCAUUCAGUCGGAAAAGGGCAAGAUUUUUGUCGCGGUUUCACUUUUAGCUUGUAGAGAAGAAUGAUGAAUCUGAAUGAUAAUCGAUGCUCUACAAUUCAUCAUCUUCGCUAC